CUUCUUCCCCGGCAGAUCUGCAGACUUCGGCUCAGCUCGGAGAAACAACACCGGACUGUAUGGUGGAGAACCGUUUCAUAUUCUGACCGUUUUUCUUGGGACCGGCUGUAUGAUUAAGCUACAAUCUUCAAUGAGUAAGCAUAUCCCACAGUUCUGUGGUGUUCUGGGUCGCACAUUUAUGGAGUUUCUGAAGGGCAGUGGAGACUACUGCCAGGCUCAGCACGCUGCCUAUGCAGACGAGUGAACAGCAAAACUUGCCAUCCAUUUUACAUACUUGAGCCACCGGAGGGACCCUGGAAAGUUUACAGGACCGGGAAACCUCCCAGAACCAGCGAUACUUCAGCCUGGAUGGGGUAACUCCACCCGCUGCACACUGCCCUCGUUGGCUUCCACCCGGCCAGACUCAAGGUGGAACCAGCCUUUUUUUGUUUUUUUGCUUUCUUUUCUUUUGAUUUCAUCCCAAAGGAGAGGAUUUUAAGUUGCUUUUCUAAUUGCCUGCCACUUCGUCAACUGGCAUCUCCUUCAAGUUGCCCGCCAUUUUUGAUGAUUAAGCCUUGCCAACCUUCUACGAAGACCGGGGGAUCUUUUGUUUCUGGGCUUCCUUGAGCUCAUUGGACCUUUGUUUUACAUUCCCUCUAACUGUUUACACUUGUGUUGUCUUGUUUUUUGGAAUAAGUUUACCUUUUCUUAACCAUUUUUACAUUGUUACAAUGGCUCGCAUGAACAGACCAGCCCCAGUUGAGAUAACCUACAAAAACAUGAGGUUCCUCAUUACCCACAAUCCCACCAAUGCCACCCUGAACAAGUUCAUUGAGGAGCUGAAGAAGUAUGGUGUCACCACUGUGGUGAGAGUUUGUGAGGCCACUUAUGAUUCCACCCUGGUGGUAAAAGAGGGGAUUCAGGUUCUGGAUUGGCCGUUUGAUGAUGGCGCUCCUCCCUCCAACCAGAUCGUGGAUGAUUGGCUGAACCUGCUGAAGCUGAAAUUCAGAGAGGAGCCUGGCUGCUGCAUUGCUGUCCACUGUGUGGCAGGGCUUGGGAGAGCUCCUGUCCUUGUGGCGCUCGCACUGAUAGAAUGUGGGAUGAAAUAUGAAGAUGCUGUCCAGUUCAUUCGACAGAAGCGUCGAGGAGCGUUCAACAGCAAGCAGCUGUUCUACCUGGAGAAAUAUCGUCCAAAGAUGCGCCUGCGCCAUCGCAAUAACUGCUGCAUCCAGUAGAGCCAAACCCCAUUCCCUCCUGCCAUGCCAGCCCAAAACCUCCCUAAAACUCAUUACUGAAAAACUAAUUUCUUCCUCACUAGCUUGCUUUUUUGGCAGGGUUUUUUUUUUCUUUGUCUUUUGUCAUUGUGUUGAAGUAUUUUACUUUGAAAAACCAUGUGCUGUAAUUCAACUUCCCCUCUCAAGGCUUAAUUAAAUCACAAGUGUCUGAGGGGAUAACAAGUUGUGUGAACCACAUUGCCCAAUAAAAAAUUAAAACUAUUAAAAAAAUAAAGGGCAGUGCUGCAUUGUAUCUUUGUGAAAUGUUGGAUUUAUAGUUGUUGCAAGUGUCCCAAAGAUUUUAAUUGGCGGCUACGUUGAAGUACUGCAGAAAAAAGUCGUGACGAUUUAAAGUCCACUCUCCCUUCCUCCUGUUUUUUGUUUUUUAAUUCAGUUUCAAAAGAGUAGAAAGAGAUAUGCCUUCCUUCAGAUCACAUGGAUCAUUCAUAAAUGCCUUACGAAGUGAAACCAAGGCAGUCGUGCCACUGGCGUCUGGGAAAGAAAGGUGUUUCAUUUUUCUACUUGGAAUAAUAAAAAAACAACCUGUUGCCUUUGUCUUGUGCAGGAAGUUACACUUCUUCCCUUUCAUUUAAUUUUUCAUUUAAAUUACCUUGCUGUCAUAUUUAUCAGUUGAACGUCUAUGAGUUUAUUUUAUUUAUCAAACCGUCUGUUUAAUAUUUCACUGCCAUGUCCAACAUUUGGUUACCUUUUUUCUUCUUUUUUUUUAAAUCUUAGUUCAAGCUGUUUCAGCUUCAAACUGGACUUCCUCCAUCUGCGAUAAUGUGUAUGCCUUUUUUUUUUCUCUGUUGAUGUCCAUAACUUAAAACUUGCAUACUUGAUGAUUUUAUGUAUUUGAAAAUGUGUACUAUUAUUAGGUUGGCUAUUUAUACUAUCAACGGAUGUGUGAUUUAGUACAGUGAGCGACAAAGUUGUACCUGUUCACCAACUUGUGAGAUUACAUUAAAUGACACUGAAAAAAAAACAAA